CAGGCCUCAGCUUUAGAGUGGGCAGGCACUGAAUGAGACUUCCCCCUCUCCAGGGUGACAGCUCAGACAGAGCUGUGCCCUGAGCAGAGCAUCUGGGCCCUGGAGGAGCAGCACCAGCCAGGACUGUAGAAGACAUUCUGAACAUGGCCUCCCCAUCAUGCUUCCACUCAGAGGACGAGGACUCUCUGAAAGGAUGCGAGAUGUACGUGCAGAAACAUGGUAUCCAGCAGGUGCUCAAAGAAUGCAUCGUGCACCUCUGUGUUGCCAAGCCAGACCGGCCACUGCGAUUCCUCCGAGAGCACUUUGAGAAGUUGGAGAAGGAGGAAAACAGGCAGAUCCUGGCUCGGCAGAAGUCAAACUCACAGUGUGAUUCCCACGAUGAGGAGAUCUCCCCAACACCUCCAAAUCCUGUGGUAAAGGCGCGUCGUCGACGGGGUGGCGUGAGUGCUGAAGUCUACACUGAGGAAGAUGCCGUCUCCUAUGUGAGGAAGGUCAUUCCCAAGGACUAUAAGACCAUGACUGCGCUGGCCAAGGCCAUUUCUAAGAACGUGCUCUUUUCUCACCUGGAUGACAACGAGAGAAGCGACAUAUUCGAUGCCAUGUUUCCUGUCACCCACAUCGAUGGGGAAACAGUCAUACAGCAAGGGAACGAAGGAGAUAAUUUCUACGUGAUUGACCAAGGAGAAGUAGACGUAUAUGUGAACGGGGAGUGGGUGACCAACAUCAGUGAGGGGGGAAGCUUCGGGGAGCUGGCCCUCAUCUACGGCACCCCCAGAGCGGCUACUGUGAAGGCCAAAACGGACCUCAAGCUCUGGGGCAUCGACCGUGACAGCUACAGGCGCAUCCUCAUGGGAAGCACACUGAGGAAACGCAAGAUGUAUGAGGAAUUCCUCAGCAAAGUCUCCAUCUUAGAGUCUCUGGAGAAGUGGGAACGCCUCACUGUAGCUGAUGCCCUGGAGCCUGUGCAGUUUGAAGAUGGAGAGAAAAUCGUUGUGCAGGGGGAGCCUGGGGAUGAUUUCUACAUCAUCACAGAGGGCACUGCUUCAGUCCUCCAGCGACGAUCCCCCAACGAGGAGUAUGUGGAAGUGGGGCGCCUUGGACCCUCUGACUACUUUGGAGAGAUUGCCCUGCUGCUGAACCGGCCCCGUGCAGCCACUGUGGUGGCACGGGGUCCCCUCAAGUGUGUGAAGUUGGACCGGCCUCGUUUUGAGCGUGUCCUGGGCCCCUGCUCUGAGAUCCUGAAGAGAAACAUCCAGCGUUACAACAGCUUCAUCUCCCUAACUGUCUGAGCUUGUAUUCCACCUGCACCCUUGGGGGCCUCCCCACGUGGCCCUGUGACCCAUUCCCUAUGCCAGGGGCCUGGGAGCUGCUGGUUAGUGGCUGGGUGGGGCUGGUGCCUAGCACGGAGCCUCUCCUUUCUCUGGACUCAAUUUUGGAGUAAAUAACCAUCUUGUGCUUUUUAAAAACAAAGGGCAAGUGGCAACUGCAUCCCCAGACCAGGGAAGCAACAGCUGGCUCCCACAGUGGCCCUGUAGCCUUAUCUUGGGGCCACCCUAUCCCCUUUCCAAGUCUUCUGGGAAUUCUUGUCUGAUCCCCGUACUUGAACUGGCCCUGUCUCCUGCCAGGUCUCAAGAGUGGAGCUGUGGCUACCCUUGUAGCUUUCCCCCAGAGCUGGGAGUUAGUCAGAACACUGUCCCUGGUCCUUGUAAGCUUCUCCGAGGUCUAGGCCCAGGUGUAAUAGUAAGCUAUGGCCCCAGAAAGUCAGGAGGUGGUAGCUGAGCCCACUCAUUUACUCUCAAAGCUCUUGGAAAGUCUGUUUCUGGGUAGGCCAGGCACCCCUGACCUCAUGUCAGGACAGUUGGCCAAGCCUGUGACCCCUUACUGGCUGGAUGCCCAGAUUGGGCAGGAAGUAUGGCUGAUGGUGGGGCUUUCCAAACGUGGUGAGUGAGUCUGGGCUGACUUCUCAUCUCCUGGAGCCCAGGAGCUAUGUCAACCUGCCUAUUGGAGACCCAAAGGGACAGCAAGGAACUCCAACUUGCUGGUUAAGGCUGUAGGUUUGAGCCUUCCCAGACCCUCUGUGUAAUGCCUGAGUCCCUGUCCCCUGACUCCCAAACCUCUCUGCUCCCUUACAAGAGGGGAUAAUAUAUUGAACCCAGGCUUGACCCCACAUCCCUAAACCAUCAACAGUGGAGUGUGAUAUGAGCCAGCCAGUGUCCACAACUGCUCAGUGUCCUCUGGAUGACCAGCAUGUCAUGAGACAGUGUGAUCAACCUUUAUCUGCCCCGCUGUGCACGUCUAGGUGACCCUUCCAGCUGACCAUCAGCUCCCUGCUGUGUGGCCCUGGCCAUGUGUGUCUUGCCUGCACUGUGGACUAUCUGUGGAUUCUGUGGCCCUGUUCCCCCAUCCCCUAUUUAUGUCACCAAGUGCUGCAUGAACUAUUAAAUGUGCAAUGAAGAACCCUUUCCCAA